CCCACUUACCAAACCAACGGUUGCGAUGCGCUAGUUGAAACGGUUGAAACUCUUCAUGAAUAACGCGAUUAUAAGUUGUUUAUUCAAUGUUAAAUUAACGAGUAGUUUGCCAGGUAACUAGUUAGUAACCUUGUGUGUUACCCCAAGAAGAUAUGUGGAUAAAGUGGUUCAUUAUCACUGUUUGUUUUAAUCGCGGAGUGGAUACAUAGGCUGUUGUUGUUGUUGUGGCCUGCUAACUAGCAUAGCUAAGCUAGCAUAGCUAAGCUAGCAUUAGCUUCAGCUGGUUCCUCUUUGCGUCUCAGAAACGAAGAGGGGGAAAUGGCACACCUUCACAGCUAACUCUCAAGAGCUGUCUCUGUAAAGACACGUUGUGGUGUUGGCUAGGGAUCAGAAAGUUGUCCCCAGCUAUGAGAGCCUCUCACCACUGACUGACAUCUCAGAGAAAUGGAGCUGUACUGGUACAUAGUUGUCAUUGUAUUCAUCGUUAUCAAGAUAUGCUUCUAUGUGUGCUGGUAUCGAUCGAGACAGAGGCAGCUGGCGGCGUACCUGAACAACCCACGCAACGCUCAGAUAGUCAUCGUCGGAGGAAGGGCCUACCUCCAUCAGAUGUAUGAGAGACAGAGUCAGACCUCUGUGUGGCCCAGUUGGUAUGGAGCUCAGGAUGAUCUGUCCACAGAGGAGCCCUCCGCCGCCGCCCUGCCUCCAGAUGCUUCCUUCUCUCAGCUCGACAUGCCCCCUCCAUAUGAGGCCGUCUCUGGAG